CUGGGCAUGCGAGCCAGUGUGUGUGUGAAUGCGCCAGGGAGAAGUGCACACCAAAGGCCGGUGUCUCUCCUCUUGUCUCUUUCGCUCUCUCGCGCUCUCUCUCUCUCUCUCUUUCUCGCCCUUUCUCCUCUCCUUCUUCCGUUUGCCCUCCGUGUGUGUGGAGGGGUGUCGGACAAGGCAGAUUGGAGCUCUGGAAAGAUCCUAACAGAAGAUUUUUAACUGUCCCGGGAACUACCUCAGUCUUAUUGGAGCUGUUGGUGCGUGUGUGUGUGUCAGAGUGUGUGACUGCGUGAGAGAGUUUGGAAUACCCUUAGAAGGAUCCCUGCGUGUCUGAAACCUCCAAAGGUCGCGCUGUGCUGCUCUGGCGAGCUCAGCUCUGCUGCAAGUUCUGGAUAGCUUUUGCCUGUUUUUAUGGUGCACUGCUAACGGACUUGGAAUUGCUGUGCAUUUGGGACUAUCGGCUUGGGACUAACCACUACCACUUGUUUCUGCGACUAGUGUACCACUGAGGUACUACUGUAGCCCGAUAAGAUGGCUGCUAUGAGGCACUUUUGGCUCUUGGGGCUCCUGGUUGCCCUGCUGAGCGCCGGGGGUGCAAGGAUGGAGGAGGCAGGAGCCGAGGAGGUAGAGGAGGAGCUCGCCGGAGAGGAGGUGGAGGAGGAGGUGGCUGCUGAGGCUGAGGAGGAGGAGGACGAGGCGGGUGGUGAAGAAGAAGAAGAAGAAGAGGAUGCGGGUGAUGGUGGAGGAGAGGAGGAGGAAGAAGAUGAGGAGGAGGAAGAGGAGGGAGCUGAGGAGGAGGAAGAGGAGGAAGAAGCAGUUGAGGAGGAAGAAGAAGCAGAGGAAGAGGAGGAGGAGGAAGCUGAGGCUGCUGCUGAAGAAGAGGAUGAGGAAGAAGAGGAAGAAGCCGCUGAAGAGGAGGAGGAGGAAGCUGAGGAGGAGGAGGAAGAGGAGGCUGCAGAGGAGGAGGAGGAAGCUGAGGAGGAGGAGGCUGUGGAAGAGGAGGAGGAAGCGGAGGAGGAGGAAGAGGAGGAGGAGGAAGAAGAGGAGGCAGCAGCUGAGGAGGAGGAAGAGGAGGAGGAAGCAGAGGAGGAGGAAGCUGAGGAGGAAGUAGUGAGUGAGGUAGAUGCUGCCCCUGCUUCUGAAGAAGAGGAGGAAGAGGAGGAGGAGGCAGCUGAGGAGGAGGAAGAGGCAGAGGAGGAGGAGGAGGCAGCUGAGGAGGAGGAAGAGGAGGAGGAGGCAGCUGAAGAGGAGGAUGAGGCAGCUGAAGAGGAGGAAGAGGAGGAUGAGGCAGCUGAGGAGGAAGAGGAGGCAGAAGAAGAACAUUCCGUUGAAGAUGAUGACGAUGAGGAGGAUGCCGCUAAUGAAACAGAAGCAGAGGUUGUGAUUGACCUGGACGAGGAGGAAGAAGAAGAAGAGGAGGAGGAGGAGAGUGCUCCCACCGAAUACCAGUCAGGAUCGCUGUGCAAAGUCUGCUCUGCCUGUGAGAACUGUGGCCACUGUGAUAGCUGCCCAUGUGAGGAGGGUGAUGAGUCAGAGCACUGCAAGAACUGUGAAGUCUGCGGUGUUUGCUACAUGUGCCCCAUCUUCUGUGACACCCUUUGUCUACCAGGUGGCUUUGUGGAUGACUUCACUGGAUCAAUCUACCAGACGAUCGCCUCGCUUCUGUGAUCGUCACGUACCCACUACAAGCCCACCCCCACCCAUAUCACCACCCCGAUCCCCAUCCCCAUACAGCAGUUGUGACUACUGGUCCCUUGCAGCUGUGGGUCACCUCUCCUGGUCUGCUCACCUCUUCUGAUGUUCCCCCGCUGUUGCUGAGGCAGGAGGAAUAAGAGGAUCUGUCAUCAUCUUCAUUGCUGUGUGUGUGUGUGUGUGUGUGUGUGUGUGUGUGUGUGUGUGUGUGUGUGUGUGUGUGUGUGUGUGUGUGUGUGUGUGUGUGUGUGCGUGCGUGCGUGUGCGUGUGCGUGUGCGCGUGCGCGUGCGCGUGUGUGUGUGUGGAGAACAAAGUUAGUCCUAGACCGGACGACUGGCUGACAUGAGAUCAGAUUCAGCCUGUCGGCCGGAUCCGAGACGUCAAAAAUGUUCACCGUGCUGUCUUUGCAGCAGGCAGAGAAACUGAUCCCUGUGACCUUUGACCUAUAACAUUUGACCUUCAGACACCUUUUGACCUUAACAUUAAAAAAAAAAAGCAGACAUGUACUGUAACCAGUACACUUUGCACAACUGCGGGCUGGGGUAUGAAGUUUGUUGGAUUACAAAGUAAGAUUUUUUUUGUCAGUUUUUAGACUGGUAUUCAAUUGGUUUAAAAUGUUUGUAUGGUAUGAUCUGGGCUGGUUUGUUAUUUCAUUGGGUCGUACUGUAUGUGUGUGUAUUUAAAUUAUUGGGCCAGUUUGGAUAAAAACUAUUCUUUGCUACAUUUUCUUUUUUUUUUGAUAGAUACUUUUCCCCAAAGAGACUGUGGCAGCCCGGGUUCACAUAAAGUCUUUAAAGUACAUAUUUAGUUUGAAACCAAAGCCAUUCUAAGUGUUACAACACAGCAUAUGUAUUAUGUGCUGUUAAAAUACAUCCUCAAAGCUCCCCAAAGAACCUUUCGUUUGCCAUUGUAGGCCCUAAACCGUUUUCUGAGAAACAUUAAAGGUCUCUGUGAAACCUAAAAGUUCUUGCAAGAACCUCAAGGAUCCUCAGAGAACCUUUAGGUGUCUCCCACAGUGGUAAAUGGUUGGUUCCUAAAAACAAAAAACAUUUGGGUUCUUUUGACCUUAAAAAAACAACAGGGUUCCUCCCAAAGCUGGGGUAUGUUUCUUGAAAGCAUAGAUGCUAGCCAGUCAGCAGCUUGGGAAGUUGCCAAUGGGAAAUUGCAUUGCAGACGACAAAGUAGCUAACAUAGUUAGCAACUAUGGUUUCAAGAUGCACCCCUGGUUCCUCAGAGAACUUCAAGGGCUCUCAGAGGACUUUUAGGGGUUACUCCACAGUGCCAAACUGAAGAUUGUUCUGUGAACUUUUAAUUUUCACAGUAGCCUACUGUGAUUUACCAUGAGCAGUUUAGCCUGUCUUCUGUCCUGCAUACAAACAUUUAUUUUUUGUCUUAACCCUGAAUUCACUUCUCAUGUGCUUUCAAAUCCACAGCCAGCUAGCCUCACGGUUCAGAUGUUGUCAUUUGCAGUAAUAGCCUAUUUCAUACAAUAAUAAUCCAGAUCCUAUUUUUCCAGUGCUUUUAAAACUACGCACAUAAUAUAAAACUACUGGUGUAGCAAUUAAUGGGACGAAAGGUUAAUUGUGUCGAGGAGUUGUUUUCACAUAUGCCUUGUCAAAAUAUUAUAUGGAAAGCAAUGAACACAGCACAUGUUUCAGUUUUCGCUGCAUUUUUUGUAAGACGUCAUUGAUUUGUAUUUGUUUUAAUACUUUUAAUUUAUUCAGAAUGGAAAUCUAAAUGGCUAUGUGUUUCAGAUGAUCAGCAAAACCAAUAAAGCAAGCAGUGAAACACUGCAGAUUGUGAAACUACAGUACUGUAUAUGAAUGUGAGGGGUUUAUGGAUUUGAAAUUUAACCAAUUAAAGUACAGAAUUACUUGUGA